AUGUUCAAACCUUUCGAUCACCUCCUUCAAGAACUUGAAUUUGAUGAGGAAUUUGAUACAUUAAUCUCAUUAGGUGAUAUUGUUAACAAAGGUCCGGAAUCCACUCCAGUUAUUCAAAAAUUAUCGGAUAUUAAUGCAUUGGCCGUGAGAGGAAACCACGACCAGAAGGUUAUAGAAUGGAAAGCCUGGUUUGACCAAGUCGAAUCCGUCAAGGGUGGCAAAGAAUGGUUGGAACUCGGGGCACCAAAGAACCUUAAACCAAAACGUGCACUUUCUUUACCAAAAAGCUGGGAAUGGCAAGGUCCACAUUUCCAAAUUGCAAAAGAAUUAAAUGACACUACAAAAGAAUACCUAUUUAACACUCCAGUUUUAUUACAUAUCCCUCAACACGACUUAUAUGCUGUUCAUGCAGGUAUGCUCUCUCAUGACCCAACGAAACCAAAAAGCGCUAUCAACCCAAAUCACGUCAAUGGUGAUAUUGAUCUCUGGUCUAUUCCUCAAAAUACCCCUGACAACAUGAUCGAAAUGCGUUCUAUUGACCCAAUGGGUAAACCUAUCAAGAAGCCAAAGGGUGGAGUUAAAUGGUACGAAUAUUGGAACAAGGAUAUGGAGACUUGUCAUGGUGACAAGUGUAUCCCACAUCGUAUCAUAUACGGUCACGCUGCCGCUCGCGGUUUAGACCUGAACGAAUACACCUAUGGUCUCGAUACUGGUUGCUGCCAAGGUCGCAGACUCACCGCAAUGGUCAUCCAUCCAGAAAGCACUAUCGAAGCAGCACACCACCAUCAUCACAAGAAGGGUCGCAAAGGCAAGGGCAAGAAAGGCGAUAAAAAGCACAAGGGAGAUGGCAAUAAGGGUGGAGACGAUGACAAAAAGCAUAAGGGAGAUGGAAACGAUGAAGGAAAUGACAAGGAUGGCGGUAAGAAGAAGAACAGCUCAAAACUUAAAUUUGAGAGGGAUGUUCCAAUCAGCAGCGCAACUACUGGUCAGAUCUUUUCUGUCGGAUGCAUUUAG